AUGCUUGCCGCCACCGUCGCCUCCCUAGGCGUCACGAUGCCUCCCGUGUCGCCCACCGGCCUCCAGAAUCGCAUCUGGCGCUGGCGAGGCUUCGACGUGCGGUACCAGUGCCUCGGCGACGAGCGUGCGGACGGUCCGGCGGUGCUAUUUGUGCACGGCCUCUUUGUUAACGCGGACCACUGGCGCCGCAACCUGCCCGCGCUCGCCGACGCCGGCUGCCGCUGCUACGCGAUCGACCUGCUCGGGUACGGCUACAGCAGCAAGCCGAACCCCCUAAGCGAAGCGGCGAAGGCUGUGAGCGGCGAGAACGGCCGGAGCCUCAGCGCGCCGGUCGCUGACCUUGGCACAGCCGGCGGCGGCACGCGCGAGGGGGUGGAGGUGGAGCUGGCUCACCCGGUCGCGGGCAGCCCGUACAACUUUUACACCUGGAGCGACCUGAGCGAGCAGCUCCUCGACUUUGAGGCGGAGGAGAGGAGCGAGCAGCUCCUCGACUUUGAGGCGGAGGUCAUCGGCGGCGACGAGCCCGUCACCCUCGUCGCAAACUCGAUCGGGUCGAUCAGCGCGCUGCAGGCCGCCAUCGACGCGCCCGCACGGAUCAACGGCGUGGCGAUCGUCAACCCAAACUUUCGAGAGCUGCACGUGAGCGAGCAGCCAGCCCUCCUGCGCCCCCUCCUCGUGCCGAUCAUCGAGGCGGUGCAGCGCACGCUGCGCGAGAGAGGCCAGCCGCUCUUCGACGCGCUCGCCAAGCCGGCGACGGUGCAGCAGAUCCUCAAGGAGCCGUACUUCGACGCGGACAUGGUGGCGGACGAGCUCGUCGACGUGCUGCUCACGCCGCUCCUCCAGCCGGGCAGCGCAGACGUCGUCUUCGACACGCUCUCCUACUCGGCCGGCCCUCUCCCCGAGCAGCAGCUGGCCGACACACGACUCGAGGCGCCCGUGCUCGUGCUGUACGGCGAGCAGGACCCGUGGACGCCUCCCGCUCGCGUGCGCGCGCUCGAGCGGUUCGCCGCUGUGCAGCGCGUCGUGCCGUUGCCCGGCGUCGGCCAUUGUCCGCAUGACGAGGCGCCCGGCACCGUCAACCCGCUCGUGCUCGACUUUGUGCGCGCUUGCGCCGCGAGGUGACGGCUGACGCGUGGGCGUGCGGCCUUGCGCGCCGGCGGUGGCGCACCCUGGAUUUGCGCCAGCACAGCGCACAGGUGCAGCAGCAGCACGGGCCCUUUCCCCGGCUCGCUCCUCGAGCUUGGCUCACGCUGAGAAAAAUUCUGAAACGGCGUGCGGCAGAGUCACCGACGAGUCGGUCCGCGUGCCUCCUCGUGUUCCGUACCGUUCUCACAGAUCCAUAAACUC